GCAUUUUGCUUAAUACCUCAUCUGCAAGUCAUUGUCUUAGCAUUUAAGUGGUGCUUUGCCCAGGACAAGAGGAAAAGCUGUUAGUUUGGCAGCGACAAAAGUGUAAAGGUACAUCAGCAGACACAGAGAAAACCAGUUUGGCUCAUGGUUGAUAUUUGGAGCAUCUGGCACACUGCUCUUCAUAGACAUGUCCAUUGUUAUAUGACAGCAUGAAGGCAAACGGCAUUUUCAUCUAACCUUUUUUUUAAUUCACAGCAGACAUUUAGCAAUAACAGUAUUACUUACUACGUUGCUGGAACAUAGUCAUUGUUAAUGAUACUAGCUCCUCCUUUGCUUUUCCUGCUAUGACAAGUCACCAGGUCUGCUGUGAAAAAUACAUGACAGAGAACGUAUGCAUGGACAAAAAUGUCAAGUAGAUCCAUCAAAUCAACCAGCCCCUCCUAUGUCACAUACUGAUUGUAGUAUCAGGCACAGCAGAUCACUUGCUUCAUUUCAAUACAAUAGAAGAACACACAGUCACACUGAUAGACGCCUGCUUGCAGAGAUCAGUUGUUGUAGUUGUUAGGCAUUCCACUCAAAGGUGUUUAUUUUUAGCCCACAGCCAUGAUCCCCCUUUAUCUGGACCUGUGCAAUUGUGGCAGAGUGAGAGAUUGUAUUACUGCUUCACUCUAGUAAACCAAACUAUACAGCGCAUAUUACAAGAGAAGGACCUUAUCAAUGGGAAACUACAAAUCAAGACCAUCUCAGACAUGUACAGAUGAGUGGAAGAAGAAGGUGGGUGAGUCGUACUCUGUGAUUGUCGAGAAGCUGGAAGACGACCUCCAGCUCAAAGACAGUGAGCUCGUGGAUCUCAAACUUGCUUUCAGCUCUGAUGAAGCUUUUCAGAAGGUGAACUUGAGCUACCGAACAGAGAAGGGGCUGUCGCUGCUGCAUCUCUGCUGCGCAUGUGGAGGUAACAAGGCCCAUAUUCGCUCCUUGAUGCUCAAAGGCCUGCGUCCUUCCAGACUGUCCAGGAAUGGAUUCACUGCACUCCACCUGGCUGCUUACAAGGACAAUGCUGAGCUGCUGACUGCACUUCUCCAUGGAGGGUCAGACGUGCAGCAGGUGGGCUACGGUGCCCUCACUGCCCUGCAUGUGGCUACCUUGGCUGGGCACCAUGAGGCAGCAGAUAUACUCCUGCAGCAUGGAGCCUUUGUGAAUGUUCAGGAUGCUGUGUUUUUCACCCCACUGCACAUUGCUUCUUACAACGGCCACGAGCAGGUGGCAAAGCUGCUGCUAAAGUUUGGGGCAGAUGUGAAUGCGAGUGGUGAGGUAGGAGACCGGCCACUGCACCUGGCUGCAGCCAAGGGUUUCCUCUGUAUCGUCAAACUGCUGAUGGGGGAAGGGAGCAAAGCUAACGUAAAUGCCCAGGACAAUGAAGAUCAUGUUCCUCUCCACUUCUGCUCCCGUUUUGGUCACCAUGAGAUCGUGCGCUUCCUCCUGCAGGGCAACUUUGACGUACAGCCUCACUCUGUCAACAUCUACGGCGACACACCUUUACACUUGGCCUGCUAUAAUGGGAAAUUUGAGGCAGCAAAAGAGAUUAUACAGCUUUCUGGCAAUGAAAGUCUGUCGAAGGAGAACAUAUUCAGCGAGACAGCACUUCACAGUGCAUGCACCUAUGGCAAAGACUUGGAGAUGGUGAAGUUCUUGUUGAGCCAGAAUGCUAUGAGCAUCAACCAUCAGGGCAGAGAUGGACACACAGCCCUACACAGUGCCUGUUACCACGGCCACAUCCGCCUGGUACAGUUCUUGCUGGACAACGGGGCAGACAUGAACCUGGUUGCCUGCGACCCCAGCAGGUCCAGUGGGGAGAAGGACGAGCAGACCUGCCUGAUGUGGGCUUAUGAAAAAGGUCACGAUGCUAUUGUCACCUUGCUGAAACACUACAAACGUCCAGAUGACUCCCCCUGCAAUGAGUACUCCCAGCCAGGAGGAGACGGGUCCUACGUUUCCGUCCCUUCUCCUCUGGGAAAGAUCAAAAGCAUGACUAAAGAGAAAGCAGAAGUUCUCCUGCUCAGGGCCAGCCUCCCAUCUCACUUCCAUCUUCAGCUGUCUGAGCUGGAGUUUAAUGAAAUUAUCGGAUCAGGUAACACUAUGCUCUACCUUUUCUGUUUUCUCUUCAGCUCGUGUGCUAAUCAGAUAAUACUACUGAGCUUCAAAUCUGUAUCUCAUUCAGGCUCCUUUGGAAGAGUCUACAGAGGCAAAUGCAGAAACAAAAUUGUUGCCAUAAAACGCUAUCGAGCCAACACGUACUGCUCGAAGUCAGACGUGGACAUGUUCUGCAGAGAGGUCUCCAUCCUCUGUCGUCUCAACCACCCCUGUAUCAUCCAGUUUGUGGGGGCGUGUCUGGACGACCCCAGCCAGUUUGCCAUUGUAACUCAAUAUGUCUCUGGAGGCUCACUGUUCUCUCUCCUGCACGAGCAGAAGAGGCUUAUCGACCUGCAGUCCAAGCUCAUCAUUGCCAUUGAUGUGGCAAAGGGCAUGGAAUACCUGCACAACCUCAUCCAGCCUAUCAUCCACAGGGACCUCAACAGCCACAAUAUUCUGCUGUAUGAGGAUGGACAUGCAGUGGUGGCUGAUUUUGGAGAAUCUAGAUUUCUACAAUCUAUGGAUGAGGAUAACAUGACCAAGCAGCCGGGGAACCUGCGUUGGAUGGCUCCUGAGGUGUUCACCCAGUGUACUCGCUACUCAGUGAAGGCAGACAUGUUCAGCUACGCCCUCUGUCUGUGGGAGCUGCUUACUGGAGAAAUUCCCUUUGCUCACUUGAAACCUGCUGCUGCAGCAGCAGACAUGGCCUACCAUCACAUCCGGCCUCCUAUUGGCUACUCCAUCCCCAAACCCAUCUCUGCACUUCUGAUGAGAGGCUGGUACGCCUGCCCAGAGGACAGGCCUGAAUUCUCUGAAGUGGUUUCCAACCUGGAGGAAUGUUUGUGCAACGUUGAGCUGAUGUCUCCAGCCUCCAGUAACAGCAGCGGCUCCCUGUCGCCCUCCUCAUCCUCUGACUGUCUGCUGGGGCGAGGAGGACCCGGCCGGAGCCACGUGGCCGCCCUGCGCUCCCGCUUUGAACUCGAGUAUGCUCUCAACACUCGCGCCUACGCCUUCUGGACUCAAAGUGAGCGCCGUCGUGCAUCCGGAGGCCUUUCACUGGAGGAACUCAGAAGGAACAUGCAGUUUUCCCCCAUUGACCGAAAUGGGUACGUGUCUGAUCCCAUGAGCACCAUGAGAUUCUGCUCUUCCUUCAGCAGCAGUGGCAGCUUCGAGGACAGUAACUGAACCUGCUUUGAGCUCCUAGUCCGCUUUAUUAUUGCCUUAUUAAUCCAGACAUUCAUGCCUGGUUUUUGACAAUUCAUUUGAAGUAAAACUGUAUAAAUAGAUGGUAGAAGUAGAUGUUGCUAACUAACUUGCUACCUAAAUUGUAUUUAGUUGUACCAUACUGUAUAUGGGUUGAGUUGUUUACAGUACUCUUAGUUCCUAAUAUCUACAGUCUUGUGUUAAAUUUGAUUUACUGGUUACAAAAUGUAUGUAAUUAAUUUUUAAAUAUUUUGUUGAGGCUUUCAGAUCUUGUAAAUACUGUAUGUAUGACAAGCACCAUUUGUUUUUGUAUACACAUGGUUUGCACGAAUCUGAAAUACAAGCUUUGAGAAUCUCA